AUGGAUCUUGAUCCAGAGUUUGCUGUUUCUCUCUUUUGGGAUGCCCAAAACGCCCAACUUCUGUCUCAUCAGAUAUGCAACUUGAUGGCCAAUAUUGAAUCUUCGUUGAGAACCGCUGACGAGAGAUAUUACCUCGCCAAAAAGAAGGUUGUCGUAGGAAAUUCGAGCCUUGACUUCAUCUCUCAGCAUGGAGAAUAUCUUCAUCAGCAAGGUUUCGUUGUAGUCGAUGCACCCGAGCAAGAGCGUGAUUGCAUCAUCGAACGAGCUUUUGACGCUGGCAACAUCAUACUGGAUGAAAUUCUAGGUCAAGUGUUGGAGAAAGAGUUGUCUCGAAACGUACUAAUCAUCUCCGGUAAAUCAGAUUUUAUUACAACAUUAAAAAUGUUGGAAAGCAAUGAGAGGAAUACGCUUAUAGCUGUUGACGAGGAUGCAAGCCCAGAUUAUAUAGGGACGGCACAGCACGCAUGGUUAUGGGAUGAUAUGGCGACUCGAGCAGCAAAGUUUAUCCAUUAA